AUGUCGACACAGACGGGCAAGUUCCGCGAGGACCAGGUCCUCAUCAUCUGUCCCGGCAGCAAGACCACCAUGGCCCAGCUGGGAUGCGGCGAGCUCACCCCGCCCGUCCAUCGUAUCCCGACACGCAUGUUCAAGGACGCUGAGACGGACGAGUGGCGGCCCUUUCACACCUUUAAGCGCAAGAAGGCCAAUGCCAAUGUCGCGCUUGCCAUCGAUGGUCCGCGGACCGACGAUGAUGACUACGAGUGGGUUGAGGAUACCGACUCGGACGAAGGAGCUGUCUACCCUAUGCAAGGCGGUCGCAUUGUUAAUAUGGAGGCGUUCCUGGCGUUCCUUGACCAUGUUCACAGCAUGCUCACCACCACCUACCACAAUACCCCAAUCAUGCUCAUGGCCUCGCCUCAAUGGUGCCGCCCCGACACCGAGACGAUCGCGCGCUAUAUCUUCGAAAAGACUCGCACCCCUUCCCUCUGCAUGAUCCACAGCGGUAUCGCUACCCAGUACGGCCUCAAGUGGCCCAGUCUCACUGUGGUGGAUAUUGGUUACGAAAAGGUCGACGUCACAUGUAUACACGACGGCCGCGUGGUCAACCAUGGAGAGCUCGGUUCCCCGACCCCGGAGCGCUUCAUCUCGGGCGGAGACAUGUUCACGCGCAAGCUCCUUGAGAAGCUCAAGGAUAAGGACUUCAAAUACGACAUGGCGGAGCAGCUGAAGAAGAGCCACAUUUGCGAGGUGCUACCAUAUGCGCCAAACAGCUCUAUUCUCAUGGAUCUCCCCACAGCUCAAACGGCAGGAGCUCCUGCCAGCGCACCUGUUGCCGAGGCGGCUCCCACUACCGCACCGACUGCGCAACCGAUUGUUCCUGCCGCCGAGGAGAUUGAGGAGAAGGCGGCCGAGGAGGGUGUUCUCGAUGUGGCGUCCAUUGUGACGAGCGGAAAUGCACGUGAGUUCCUCGCCAAGAAGGAGAAGGAGAAACAAAAGGGUGGCAGAAAAGCCAAGGCUACUCAAGAAACCGAGGCUGCGAAGCCGGUUCGUCUGCCCAACUCCAAGAGAACUCACAACACCUUCCACUUCGAAGAGGUCGUCAUGGAGGAGGUUCAGCCGCCCAAACCAGAGACCAAGGAAGAGUCCAAGAAAGAAGAGGCGGGUGGCGCGACUGAGUCCAAGGACGUUGAGAUGACGGAUGACACCAAGCCCGCCGAUGCGACAGUUCCUGCUACCGCCGAGAGCGACGUCAAGCCCGUUGAGUCUUCGGCUCCGGCAGCGGCAACGGAUGGUGCAGCUCCCGAGACGAAUGGCACAAACGGCCAUUCCGCUACGAUCCCUGCAGAGGCCUCUCCCGCCACCAACGGUGCUCCUCAGAUGCAGGCCAAGCGCAUCCGCCGCGAUAUUGAGGUCGGUCUCGAGCGCUUCACUUUUGCUGACCGUGGCGAGAUCGACCGCAUUGUAACCACAAUCUACCGCACUAUUCAAGGCAUCGACGACAUGUACAUGCGCCCUCCGUGCUGGGACAACCUUGUCUUCGUCGGCAAUGGCGCUCGCCUCCGCGGUUUGAAGGACAACAUUGUCCAGACCCUCUUGGCUCGCCACCUCAUCUCUCCCAGCACGGCGACAAUGUUCACCUCGGAGCUGCCGUCUAACAUCGCGACUCCCACUGGCACCGGUGCGCAGACUCCUACGGGCUCUUUCACGGGCGCCCCACACCAGCUCCCUGCUAAUGCCGCCGCCGGCUCCUCGGGCGUCAACCCCCUGCUUCAGGCCGCGACCACGGCUUCCGCUCAGCACCAGGGCACUCCGGGUCCCAGCGGUGAUGCCGGUCCCAACGGCACUCACUCCGUUGCGGGCCAUCACUUCCACAGCCAGACGCCCACGAGUAUCAAGCUGGCGACGCUGCCCACCUACCUCAGCGAGUGGAACAAGAACGGCUUCGAGGAGGCCAUGUUCCUGGGGGCGCAGGUUGCUGCGCGCAUCGCUUUCUGCCAGCACAAUCUCGAUAUGGCCGGUCUCGAGGCUCAGCGUCAAGCCAGCCUAAGCAGAGUCGACUACAACGAGCUUGGCCCCAAGGGCAUUCGCACCCACUCCAUGCUCAAGUAG